CUCAAGAAAUUAACCAGGUUCUUACAUUAACGCUUCCCGUACAUAUUUUCUAAAAACGUCAAAAGAUUAAUGUCAUUUUUAGGUUCACGCAAUACGCGGUCUUAACCUAUGUUCUGGCCAUGAUUAUCAACGAAUUAAACAUAUUUAUGCAAGAAUUGGACAAAAUGAUGCCUCAAUUUUACAUCUACUACAAUUUGCAAAUCGUAGAGGUUACAAGAUUUAAUUACUUGUGCAUCAGCUUUGGCUACAUCAUGUGGAAACUUUGCAGCUAUAGUCACAUCCUGGUCAGUAUCCUUGCUGGCUUUAUAAUUGUAGCUGUGACCGUUUGUCUUCGAGCUGGGAAUGACCAUUUACUCGGAAUUUUUGAAGAUGACCAAAAUCUACUUCUUAUUAAACAACGAAAAAAGAUUACAGUGUUGAAGGAAUUUGAGGAACAUGCAAAUCGCGAUGAAAAUGUUUUGAAAGCUCUGAAUCAAGUGAAAGACAUUCACGUCGUGGCUGAAAAUGUGUUAGGUUCAGUCAGUAAAAUAUACGGAGUUUCGCUAAUUAUUGAAGUUUUGAUUUUGAUUGCAAAUCUACUUGUGGAUGUUUUCUACAUUUUGGUCCCAAUUAUCACCAACGCCCCCAGCGACUCUGACGAUGACGGGUCCAACGUGCAUUCAUCUAUGCGUUCAGUAAUUUCGCAAAGGAAUAAUUCCACAAGAUUUAUCUCCCAAAAUUUUUUCAAAAACUAUAUAAAUGAGAAUGGUGACAUGCCCGACGAGUUUCCUAUCGAGGACCAACCCAACCUAAAUCUAUCCCUUGAACCAUUUCUUGACGGCUACUUUAUAACCCUGUUGGGAGAGGCUUUUAUUCAUUCGUACUUUUUCUACAAACUCUGUUGCAGAACUACCGAAAUGGUGAACGAAGCGAAAGAACCAUUGCAAAUUUUAAAAACGGUUCCCUAUACACAAUUCUCGCAAAAAGUGCAGCAUCAAAUUUCCAUCUUGAAGAGAGAUUUAGCGACUAACACGAUUACAUUGACGGCUGCAAACUAUUUUCAAAUCAACAAGUUCACACUGACUUCCGUGACAAGUGCUUUAACAACAUACAUCGUCGUGCUACUCCAGUUCAGCCAGCAAGAACAAGGAAAGGAUUCAACCGGAAAUUCAACCAGAACUUAUACUUAAA